AUGAACGUCGUCACCGAUCCUUGCGUUAACUGCGGAUACCCCAGGUGUUCGCGUUGCCGUGUCGAAAGGCUUCACGUUCGGCAACACUUACACCACGACACUUCCCACAACCAACACACCCACCACAACCAUAUAUAA